AGGCCAUUUGGAAAUACACAAAUUUGAAAUGACGGCGGGCUCUUCCCUCUUGGCGCUAUUAUUUCCAUGUCAAAGUUUAUCGUUUGUGUCUGGAAUAUCUUCCGUCUCAAGUUUACUUGAUAUUCGUUCGCUUUCACCUAACAAUGUACGAAAUUAUCAGAGACAACUUCGCGGUGUCGUUUCCUUUGCGCAGAAAAUAAAACAGACUCGACGUUCUUCUAUUGUCCAGACACCGGGGAAUGGAUUACCUCGUUUCAUAUGGAUAUAUUGUGUUGCAUCCGAUUCUGUAAAAAAGGCUCUUCACGUAGCUGUCAUUGGCUCUGGUGGAAGAGAACACGCUCUUUGUGAUACCAUUUCCCAGUCGCCCAUGUGCAACAAAUUGUUUGCUAUUCCAGGAAACGCAGGAAUGCGAGCCUGCGCUAUAGUAGUGGAAAAUAUUCAUCCUCAUGAAACGGAGAAAAUUGUGGAGUUUUGCAAGCACAACGAGGUUGACUUUGUAAUAGUCGGUCCAGAAAUACCGCUAGUAGAGGGACUCGUAGACAAGUUGACUAGAGCUGGGAUAGCAGCUUUCGGACCUCAUUCGAAUGCGGCUAUAUUGGAAGGAUCUAAAGUUUGGAUGAAGCAGUUUCUGAAAAGACGGAAUAUUCCUACAGCGCAAUACGAAUGCUUCCGCAACUCUCAGUUGGCCAAGUCUUAUGUGAACAAGCAACAGUUUCCUUUGGUUAUCAAAGCCAAUGGUCUUGCUGCAGGUAAAGGAGUUAUUAUAGCAGAAGAUAGGACAACUGCCAAUCAAGCCAUUGUUUCCAUAUUGGAUGACACGAUGUUUGGUUCAGCGGGUUCAGAAAUAGUAAUUGAAGAAUAUCUACAAGGAGAAGAAUUGAGUUUCUUUGCGUUGGUGGAUGGUUUGACUGUUAUUCCUUUUGGAUCGGCUCAGGAUCAUAAGAGAGCAUUUGAUCAGGAUCUUGGUCCAAAUACUGGUGGAAUGGGUGCUUAUUCACCAUCGCCUUUGUGUACAGAAUCGUUAGAAAAUGAUAUCAUUCAAAAUAUUUUGAAGCCAACCGUUCAAGGUAUGAUGGAAGAAGGUCGACCUUAUCGUGGAAUACUCUAUUGUGGCUUGAUGUUGACAAAAGAUGGUCCUAAAGUGUUGGAAUAUAACGUACGCUUUGGAGAUCCAGAAUGUCAAGUGAUAUGCCCACGUUUAAAGAGUGACUUGUUACAAGUAUUGUACAAGGUUGCCACAGGUGACACAAAGGAUUUGGAUAUAGAAUGGCACAAGAAUCUUUGGUCACUUGUUGUCAUCAUGGCAAGUCAAGGAUAUCCAGGUGCUUAUCAGAAAGGAACCGUUAUUCAACAUUUACAAGAGGCGAGUAAUAUCGAUGGCGUUAAGAUAUAUCAUUCAGGAACCGAUCUUUCUUCAAAAGGGGAAUGGAUAGCUACUGGUGGAAGAGUUUUGGGUAUUACGGGUAUAGGAAACUCUAUUCAACAAGCUAGAGACAAAGCUUAUUCAGCUAUUGAACAAAUUCAUUGGCCUCAAGGAUUUUACAGAAAGGAUAUCGGUUGGAAGUGUUUACAUAUUGAAACAAGUGGUCGAUGACACGAAUAAUAAACGAAAUAUCAACUGGAAGAAAUAUUCUAUUCAUUCAUUUGUACAGCUUUUUGAAGAAACUGCUUGACUUGGUUUUCACCCAGAGCACCUACAAAUUGGUCCUUCUGCUUUCCUUUAUGAUAACAAAAUACUGUUGGUACAGCUGCAACUUGCAGUCUAUCAGCUACUGACGAUGCUCGAUCCACAUCAACUUUUGCCAACUCUAUUUUUCCUUGUGUCUCUUCCAUCAGUCGCUCCAAUAAAGGACCCAACUGUCUACAAGGACCGCACCACUCCGCAUGACAAUAAACAACUUGCGGCUUUUGGUUGGAAGCUUCCAUCACUUUUUCAAAUUCGGUGUCAGAAGUUACUUUGGUAUAAGAUACGAAACGACGUGCAUAUCGAAACAGCGAUAGUUGGCAAGUUUUGUACAUAAAACUCAUGGAUAGAAUCCUGAUGACAAAAGUCACUCGUAUAGUCAAAUGUCUUUGAAAAGAUGGAGAGUACAAGUUGCUAAAGAAACACUACUAGGAAUAUCCUUUGAGUUCAACAACACAAUAUCCAAUCCACCAUAUAAGAAUGGGUUGGAACUCUUCAAAUGAGAUGAAACACUUCCAUUUCAAGAAAUAUAUAUAAAAAUAGUAUUACUCAUGGGAAAACCUAAAUAGCGCCCAUGUUGAAGAAAUCAGAUGGUUCCGUA